UCUGACUGACAUGACGGAUCCUCCAAGAAGCCUAGGCCCACCAGCCAAAGCAGCCAUGAGCUCCAGCCGCCCUGAGCCGAGUGCCCGGGUACCCCUAAGCCCCCAACUGCAACCCCUGUCCCGGAGCUCAUCCAGCCUGCUGGGUGAUGGCCGAGGACAGAGGCCAGAGCUCCGGAAGAGUGCCAGCAGCACUGUGUGGCAGGCCCAGACAGAUGAAGACAGCACUGGUUCCCAGGCCCCAGAGGAAGAGGCAUGCCCAGCCAAGAUCAUGGAGCCAACACAGGCCUCCAGCCCCCAGCCACAGCCUGGUGCCGGGGGCCACUGGCGGAGUAACACUGUAGGCAACGUGUCCACUAUGGGCAGUGGUGACCUAUGUCGUCUGCGGGCCCCUGGUGCUGCUGCUGUGCAGAGGAGCCACUCAGACCUGGUCCAUAGCAUCCAGAUGCGGGGUCACAGCAGUGCUCGGAAGGCCAGCCUCAGCUGUGUGGUGCUUGGCAGCUCCCCAGUCCACAGGGCUCACUUGCAGCCUGGCAGUACUUCUGACCAGGGUGGCCAGUUCCCUGCAACCCUGGAAAGGGACCUGGCUCCAGAGGAUGGAGCUUCUAACUCAGCGUGGAUGCGGGGGGAGAGUCAGGUUGGAGUGCUGCCGCUAGACCCCGAGGGCACAACUACUGACAGCAGCAGUCCUGUGCCUGGGCCCAAAGACACCGGGCAGCCGGCCACCACCUCCUGCCAUGCUUUGCCCCCAGCAGCUCUACUCUGCGAUAUGAGUAAGGAGGGAGCUGGCAGCUGCUAUCAUGCCCUGCCUGCCACAGGGAUCCUGGCUUUUCCCAAACUAGUCGCAUCAGUGAGCGAGUCUGGGCUACAGGCUCAGCAUGGGGUGAAGUUUCACUGUAGGUUGCCUGGGGGACUCCCUGGGCACUCUUGCUGUGCCCACCCUUGGGGUCCCACAGAGCCUAGCUCUAGGACCAAAGAUGUGUGGACCAUGACCUCAGCCAGUGACUUGGCCCCUGUGGUGGCAUCCCCUCCAUCAGCCCAGGACGCUGGUGUGCAGGCAGCCCCAGAGGCAGCCUGCAGAGAUGUGGCCACCAGCCCAUCCAUGGAAGCGCCUAUUGGCCUGCACAUGUUCCCAGAGGUGAUGCUGGGGUCCAGCUUGGAGGAGUCGCCAUCCCCUGUGCGGGAUGUCCGAUGGGAUGCUGAAGGCAUGACAUGGGAGGUGUAUGGAGCCUCGGUGGACCCCGAGGUGCUUGGUGUGGCCAUCCAGAAGCACCUGGAGAUGCAGUUUGAACAGCUGCAGCGGGCACCUGCCAGUGAGGACAGCCUGUCUGUGGAGGGCCGCAGGGGGCCACUGCGGGCUGUCAUGCAGUCCCUGCGGCGUCCCAGCUGCUGUGGCUGCUCCACUGCAGCCCCCGAGUGA